AUGUCAUACAACGGUACAAACUAUCCGCCGCCAACCUAUGAAACCUGCUCCGAUGGAAUCUCCGAACGAUGCCCCGCUGAGCUCUCUCUGUACGGCGAUACAUUCACGUUAGGCGCCUGUAUUUUCUUCGUCGUAGCCCACGCGCUGGCCCUUAUACCCCAACUAUACUUCGGUAUUAAAGCGCGAACAUGGUCAUAUACACUAUGGCUUGCGAUCGGAACGAUAUUCGAACUCAUCGGCUACAGCGGUCGUAUCGUCAUGAGUUCAAACCCCUGGGUCUACAACGCUUUCGUUAUCCAACUCGUUCUUCUCAUUCUCGGUCCAACGCUAGUCGCCGCUGCUAUCUCGAUCACUUUCAAACAUCUUGUUCUAUGGUAUGGUCGGGAGUACAGUUUUAUCAAACCUGUUCUAUAUCCUUGGGUCUUCGUCGGCACGGAUUUCUUCUCUAUUGUUAUCCAAGCUGCCGGUGGUGGUGUUUCGUCAGCUGCCACUAACGGAGACAACAACGAUCAGGGCAUGCUUGAUGUAGGAUCUGGUCUUCUUGUUGCUGGUGUUGUCUUCCAGAUGGCUAAUAUGAUCUUCUGUGGUGGUCUGAUGAUGAUUUAUAUCUGGAGAAGACACAAGGCUAUCAAGAAUGGUGCUGCUGUCAGGGCUAGUGAUGAGACUGCUACGGAGAGUGAAUCAUCUACCAAUGGAAACGUCAAAGUUAUCAGAGCAAGUGAUAAGAAGACCAAGAUCUUUGUCUAUGCUCUGACAGUUGCUUAUAUUGCCAUUAUCAUCCGUUGCAUUUAUCGUAUUCCUGAGAUGCAGAUGGGCUGGGGCAGUACCCUUAUGCAAAACGAGACAACAUUCUUGAUUCUUGACGGAGCCAUGAUCCUCAUCGCCGUAUGGACUUUGACGAUAUUCCAUCCUUACUUCUUCUUCCCUUUCCUUGGCAAGAAGCAUAAGAAGGAGAUGGAUGCUGAGAAGUCUCGAGAGGGUGGUCAAGAUGCUACUGUAAUGGAAGAGAAUGCUGCUCAACGAUGA